AUGUCAUCUGGAGAAGAAGAUUCUCCUGCUCAUGGUAAAAGAAGGUCGACUAAAAAAGUUAAUUAUAAUGAGAAAAAAGGUGACAUACAAUUAGAAAAUAAAAUAACUUUAGUAGAACUUAAUGGAAAGGGUAAAAAAUCAAAAUCAACUUCACCGCCAAAACAUUUAAAUAAUAGUGAUAAUUCUGGUCCAACUAUCAAUACUAACAGUAUGCACGCCAGAAAAAACUCAAGCAAAACAUCAUCGGGACACAACAACAAUAAUAAUAGGAAAAACGAUUCCACUGUUAAUAAAGUUUUGCAAGAUAAAUCUAUUUCCUGGAACUUUAUACCUUCCUUACCACCAGCUUUUAGAAAAUUUAGCAGAUUUUCUAAUAUGUUACAUUUGGAAGGCGCCAUGGUCAACAUUUCUGAUGGUAUUCUAUAUAAAAAAAUUUUAAAAGGACACACUUCUAAUUCUAAAAUAGAAGUACUAUUAUCAAUUAAUGAUCAUAUAUAUAUGAUUUCAGAACCACCAGGCGAACCAUAUUAUAUAGGUCGAGUCAUGGAAUUUGUUGCAAAACCUGAAUUUCAAAAGAAAAUUGAUGAAAACUCCAACAAACUAAAAAUUUAUCCAUAUUACUAUUUUAAUCUAAAAAUGAAUUGGUUUUAUAGACCAAGGGACAUUUCUGACAAAAUUACUAGGCAAGAUCCAAGAUUAUUAUAUGCAACGUUGCAUACAGAUCUCUGUCCUAUUUUGUCUUAUCGAGGUCACUGUACCGUAUUGCAUAAAAUGGUCAUUCCAACAAAACCUUUAAUUUUGGAUGAUAUUCCAAGCUUAGAUCAAUACAUCACCAAAAGUAACCACUUUUAUUUUGAACAAUUAUAUGAUCGUUAUACUUCUGAAUAUUAUUCCGUCUAUCCCAGCAAAAAAAUGCUUGACUUGCUUGACAAAAAUAUGUUUUCUAAUUAUAUUACCGCAUUAAGUAAAAGGUACCCUUAUGUUUAUUAUGAAUCAAAGUUUCCCUUUGAAAAAUUUAUCUCCAAGUACGUGUUGUGUAAAAAAAAUUUGGAUCAUGCUGCUAAUAGAGAAUGGGAUUUACGUUGUCAAAAUUGUUUGGAAUGGUGCGAAACCCCUACUCAAUAUUUAACCUGUGAUGAAUGCAACAAUCCAUACCAUUUAUAUUGUUUGAAUCCCCCAUUGGAAAGAAGACCUAAUAAAGGUUUGGUCUGGAUAUGCAGUGAUUGUUUGAAAAAAGAAGAUAACUUAAUAGAGGAAAAACUAGAAUCUGAAUGGCACGCUAUCAAGAAAAAAGUAGAUGAAUUAGAAAAUUUUGCUGGUGACCUGCUAUCUCACGACAAACUAAGAAAGGACCAAUUUAACUGGAAUUUGCAAUAUUUGGGACCAUACGUUGUAAAUCAUUUAACAGAUUUACUAACCCUAGAUAUGCCCUAUCCAUUUAAAUGUUCAAGAGUAGGUAUCAAUAAGUAUCAAUGGAAGCCGAUAGAUCAGGAGAAAAGAAUCGAGGACAAUUUAGUUCCUAUUCGUGGUUUGGAUAACAAUGAAACUAGUCAAUUGCAAUGGGUUUGGGAUGAAAAUAAAAUAUCUGAAAAAGACUUGGAUAGUUACACCAAAAAAUGUGUUGAAAGUAUACCAAAAUUGAAAUCUUUUUCUCCUACAGAUUGCAAUUUUAGAGAUUAUAUAUAUAAAAAGUUAAUGGAACAUAAUUAUAAUCCAGAGCUGGCCUACGAGGACUGCGUCAAUACCCUAAACAGAGAAGUCCUUAAACUUCCUACAUUUUCCCCAAAGGAAACGGAAAUUUUUGAAAAAGAAGUUGCGAAAUAUGGUAGUGAGUUGCUUCCCGUAUAUAAAGCAAUUAAAACCCAGCCCAUGUCAAUGGUUGUUAAAUAUUAUUACUUGUGGAAAAAAACAAAAAACGGCUUAAAGGUCCGGGGAAAAUUAGAUAAAAAAAGGAAAAAUAAAUCUUUGAAUGCUAGCAGUAAUACUGAGGUUAAAAAGAAUGAAAACACGAAGCUAGCUUCAGAGUGGAAAUAUAUGGAUGACUCAUCUGUUGAAUUAGAUGUUUUACCAAAAGACACUGAAUUUAAAUGCAAUUUUUGUAACGUUGAUUAUUCUCCAAUGUGGUAUAAAUUGACUGGUUUUACUACUGAACCAGAAACUAAUCUUUUUGAGGGCCUAUGCAUUCGUUGUGCACGUUUAUGGAGAAGGUAUGGUGUGAGAUGGGAAAAGCCAACCAUUAUAAUUAGACACUUGUAUGGCAGUGCAAUGCCUGCUUAUAAAGCUGCAAUUGCUGGGAUUUUAAGUGAUUCAAGUGAAACCAAUUACACUGUUAAAGCGAAUCCACAGUCUGUGCUGCAUAAACACAUUGAGUGGGAAUUGAUACAAGAUGCAGAAUUGAUUGUUAAACAAAGAGAAGCCGUUAUACUGGAUUCUAAAAGACUGGCGAAAUUGAAAAGAAAUGUUUUAUCCGUAAGAGCUUCCCUAACUAAGCAAGUUUUCCAUUUGGUCAAACGAUCUACUGUUGAUACAGAUAUUAUGAUGAAAGACCUAGACAUCUAUAUUACCGAACAUUUAAAUGAUACUAAACAAAAAAAUGGGCUUACCGGUCAUAGUACUGUAGAACAAUUAGAAUUAACAAAAAGAAGAGACAUUAUGCCAGGGGGAAAUAGUGUCACUUCUGUGGCUACUGUCAAUGGUGGAAGUACUGAGCCUACAAAACAACAAACGGUUUUCACAAAUAAUGAGUGUAUUAAAGUAGAUGUGGAUAUAUACAAACGGACAUGUAAGAGUAAUAAUGGUACUAAUGGAGAUAGUACUGAUACUAAAGUCAACAAUGGUAAAUGUAAAAUACUCAUCGAGCCUAAUUUUAAGAAUAUUCGUAUAACAAAUAUUUCAGAAAUUUUUGGCAAAAUUGUCAAAAGAAAAUACCCAGCAUUGAAGGAAAUAACUGAUAUGGAACCUCUUUUGAAAAAAUUAAAAGCAUCUCAAAAAAAAUUACAAAAGGCUCCAAUAACCUAUACCGACGAUAAAGAAACCAUUUUAAGUAGAUAUAAUGAAUUAAAACCUUUAUUGAAAAUAUCAACUAAUGCCAAAAAUUCCAGUAAUACUUUUAAACAAUUGGGAUUUUCAGAAGCUGUUUCUAAAGAUGUUGUACCGGUCGAGAGUCUACGUAAUUUUUGUUGUGUCUGUUUGACUAAAUUCUCUUCUUCUCCUUCUUCUCCUUCUUCUUCUAAAAUGCAGCAAGAUAAUGAUGAAAUUAUUUGUUCUCAUUGUGGUAUGAAUUGCCAUUUUUAUUGCUACGGCUACAAAUCUAAAAUAAAUUGUCACAAUGAUUGGUUAUGUGAUGUCUGUAGUAAUGAAAUGAAACCCGUUGUUGCGAAAGAUAAUUAUCUGUGUUGUCUAUGUUGUACAAAAGAACUAGAUUUUGAGUCCGGAAGAAAAUUAUUAAAAACUGCUAUACCAGAUGCUUUAAAAAGAACAGAUGAUAAUCAAUGGUGUCAUAUUUCAUGUGCUAUGUUUCAAUCAGAGUUAUUGCUUGGCAAAAGUGACAAUCUGGAACCUAUACAAUGCAUUGAAAAGGUAAAGAAGUUAAUUAGUUGUUCUAUAUGCAAAUCUAACAAAGGUUCAGUGGUUAAAUGUGGUUGCUGUUCUAAUCAUUUCCAUGUUACAUGUGCACAAGAUUCUAACGGAUUUCAACUAGGUUUUCUUUCAGAAGAUUCUGAAUUCCCCACAUUACUAUGUGCACAUCAUUCUUCACCUAGAUUGUUACCAUUUAAUGAAAUGCAUUCAAUACUAAAAAAACCUUUACUACAAAUAUUCAUAGAAAAUUGGGUGAUUAGAAGUAAAAAACAACGUAUUUUAUUUUUCCAAGACAAGUGUGUAAUAUGUGGAACCAGUUCAAGCAUUUUUUGGUAUAAUAAUGUUUGUCAUAGUUGUCAUAUUCAACAAAUGAACCCAAAAAAGAAAGUACUAAUAGAAAAUGACAUUAACAGCACAUCCAAAGAUGAAGAGUAUAAGGAAAACUUGAGAAAAGAACUUUACAAAAACAUAGAUUUAAAUAAAUUACAUUCAUCGGUAAUCAAAAGUAGUAUAGAUGUUACCAAAAAUAAAAAAUUAAAGGUUAACAACAACAAUAAUAAUAAUAAUAAUAAUAAUAAUAAUAACAAUAAUAAUGCAAACAUAAUGAAUAAUGACUAA